ACGCGACCGAAGUUAAGCCACCAUUUUGGAACAUGGAAAUGGAUUUCAAUGGACGUUCUAGAUACCUAAGACGCUAGCAUGAAACAUGGGAGGAAAGGGGAUCAUCCUGCUUCCUUUUCUCCUCAUCUUCUUCUCCAUUUCUACUUCCUCAGCCCGAGCUCUUGGUGAACCCUCCCAAUUCAAGACCGUCAUCCUACCCAAUGGCACCAAAACUGAAUGUGCUGUCUACACAAAAAAAAAUCCAUGUCCCCCAGGACAUGAGAUAACAGAGGAAUGUGACCACAAGUAUGGCCCCAUGAAAUGCAGCCAGUGCAAGGAGAACCUGUACCAGUGUGACUUCACGACCACGGAAUACCUCGUCAAGUGCCACCUCCCACUUUGUCCAGAAAAUGGGAAAGAGACCAAGGUGAAGGUCACUUAUUUUAACAACAAGACGUGUCAGCUUUCCUGUGUCUGCAAUGAAGCGAAUGGCUACACUGGCAAAUCAGGCUUGGAAUGUAAUAAACAUCCAAAUACUUGUGGCAUAGACAAGGAACUGAAAAAUGGGACGUGUGUUGCAUGCAGCCCCGGGUUCCACAAUCCCAGCACCGACUACGGUCCUUGUGUUUCAUUUGAACCCACAACCCCAUCAACCCCAUCAACAAGUUCUGGCUCUCCUCAUCAAGGAUUCUGGCAUGAUAACAAGAUUUGGAUUUUAGUCAUCAUCUCGGUAUUCCUUUUAGUCAUGGCUCUGUUGGCAUGGUGGUGUUGUUGUUGCAGAGGUCAAGCACAUCCAUGUAACAUUGCUUGCUGUCACAGUACUGCAGUUCAGAACUCACAGAUCAGGACACAGGACCUAGAAUCCCCUGAUCAUCCUCCUCCCUACACAUGUCUCCUAGAAGGGGAUUCAUCUCAUGGAGUUAGUGGUCAUCAGCCAAAUGGAAUUGCUGGUGCCAGGCCAAAUGGCAUCCCUAGGGUCAGUCCAAAUGGCAUCCCCGGUGCCAGGCCAAAUGGAAUCCCCAGUGCCAGUCCAAAUGAAAUCCCAAGUGCCAGUCCAAAUGGAAUCCCCGGUGCCAGUCCAAAUGGCAUCCCUGGUGCCAGUCCAAAUGGCAUCCCUGGUGCCAGUCCAAAUGGAAUCCCUGGUGCCAGUCCAAAUGGAAUCCCAGAUGCCAGACCAAAUGGCAUCCCUGGUGCCAGGCCAAAUGGAAUCCCCGAUGCCACACCAAAUGGCAUCCCCAGUGCCAGUCCCAGUGCUCAUGAAGAUGCUGAAAACGGACCAAAUGGUUCAACUGGGAGUUCCAUCUCAGGGAGACGCACCCCGACUGGAACUGAUGAUCCGUCCAUCAGACCCCUUGGGGGACAGCCUGAUUCACUGGACAGUGGAGGUGACAAUACUGAUCACUUUUUGGGGUGGGAUCCUUUGACCUCAGAGGCAACAAGCUUGAACCUGCCAAGGGAAGGAGUGCCAGACCCUGAAGAAACAGGACGCAAAGUGCCUAUCCCAGCUCAAGAUAUUGGCACUGGUUCUGAUGUUGAACACAAUGAUGACAAAGAAGAAGCUCAGGCCCUGCUGGAUGGGCCUGCUUAUGGCCUGGUGGAACUGGACAAGGACAGAGACAUGUCACGUGUACCACUGGUACAGUGAGUUGUGUCACUCGGACAUUGGUUGUAUGUAUUCACAGGUGAUGGAGGAACAAAAUGUGUACGUACACACCUGUUAAGUAUUGACGGUGGUUAUUUUCUUUACUGUCAGUAAAGGUGUAACAGUGUUUAUUGGUACAAGCUAAGUCAAGUUGAUGUCUUUCUGCUCUCUAAAAGAUGUGACAAGUACAGUUGAAGAAGAUAUAAGGUGAAUGUUUAUUUACUGUUAUAGCAAAUUGUCAGCAAUACAGUAUGUUUUACUGAAACAACAAACUGGCUUUGAAAUUGUUAAACGUAUUAAAAGUACCGUAUUUUCUUGAGUAUAGUGCGCACCCAUGUAUAAUGCGCACCCCUCUAGCGGGUUCAAUAUUUUGGGAAAAAAAGAAAUUUGAAUAUU